GAGUAUUUAGGCCUCUUCUAAUAGAUGUAAAAAUUGUUGAAACAUACCUUGUUUUCUCAUCUUUCAGGUUAAGAACAAGCACUGCUUUGAUGUGAGACUCUGCUUGCUCAGAUUACUUCUUGUUAGCAAUGGAAGGUGAAGGCUGAGGUGACCCCUGGCCAGCUGGAUCUCCCAGACCCUAACAAGGCUUUUGCUCUUUGUGCCAUUCUCUGUCAAGUUCAACCGUGGAUGCAGUCUGAAGGACACUUUCCUGGACCUUUGAGAAAAAUAAAUAAAUAAAUAAAUAAACCCCUUGAAACAGAGAAGAAAUUAGCCCUUUCUUCAGUGGGAUGAAGCAUGUAAGGCAUUUCACCCCCUCCUUAUUCCUCAGUUUGGUGCACGUAUGCCUGGUUCAGGCAAAUUAUGCCCCCUAUUUCUUUGAUAAUGGAGCCAGAAGCACAAACGGGAACAUGGCACUUCUGAGCCUUUCGGAGGACACACCUGUUGGUACCUAUGUGUAUACCCUGAAUGGAACUGAUCCUGAAGGAGAUCCCGUGAUGUAUGGCCUGACCUAUGAAGCUGGAUCAAGACGCUACUUUUCUGUUGACAGAAACCUUGGAAAUGUUACACUGAUUGAAGAACUUGACAGAGAGAAAGAAGAUGAGAUUGAAGUUAUUGUCAGUAUUUCAGAUGGCCUGAGUACAGUUUCGGAAAAAGUUAGGAUCCUCGUAACAGAUGCUAAUGAUGAGAGCCCAGAGUUCAUCAAUACACCUUACAUAGUCCAAGUGCCAGAGAACACUCCCUCUGGCAGCAGUAUCUUUAAGAUCGAGGCAGUGGACAGAGACACUGGUUCUGGGGGAAGUAUCACAUACUUCUUGCAGAACAUCCAUGCUAAUAAGUUUACAAUAGACCGUCACAGUGGUGUCCUGCGCAUCAAGACAGGGGUCACCCUGGACUAUGAGAAAUCAAGAACACAUUUUGUCGUUGUCGUAGCCAAGGACGGUGGUGGGAAGCUCAGGGGAGACAACAAAGUGUUUUCAGCCACAACAACGGUUACUGUCAAUGUAGAGGAUGUUCAGGACACACCUCCCAUGUUCAUCGGGACUCCCUACUAUGGAUAUGUCUAUGAGGAUACACUCGCAGGCUCUGAGGUCCUCACUGUUGUUGCUCUUGAUGGAGAUAGAGGAAAGCCUAACAGUAUUCAUUACUGCCUCGUGAAUGGAAGUGAAGGUUCCUUUGAGAUCAGCAACACGACUGGAGCCAUUUCUGUUAUAAAAAGCCCAAAUCAGCUCAAGAAGGAAGUGUAUGAACUACAAGUUCAGGCAUCAGAAGUCAGUCCAGAAGGUGAUGUCUCUGCGUAUGCUUUUGCCAUGGUGACUAUAAGGGUGGUCGACCUCAACAAUCCACCAACGUUUUACGGAGAAAAUGGUCCCCAGAACAGAUUUGAACUGACCAUGUAUGAGCAUCCCCCAGAGGGUGAAAUCUUGAGGGGACUGAAGAUUACAGUCAACGAUUCAGAUCAGGGAGCCAAUGCUAAAUUCAACCUCCGUCUUGUUGGACCUGGUGGCAUCUUCCGAGUCGUUCCCCAAACUGUCCUGAAUGAGGCUCAGGUUACAAUAAUAGUGGAAAAUUCUGCUGCUAUCGACUGAAAAUUCAAGGUGUUAACCUUCAAGCUUCUUGCAAUAGAGGUGAACACACCAGAGAGAUUCAGCUCAACAGCUGACGUGGUGAUACGCUUACUGGAUACAAAUGACAAUGUCCCGAAAUUCUCCUCUGACUACUACAUUGCCAGGAUCCCUGAGAACUCCCCAGGGGGCUCAAACGUAGUUGCUGUAACUGCUACAGAUCCAGAUUCAGGGCUUUGGGGAGAAGUCAAGUACUCUAUCUAUGGAACAGGAGCAGAUCUGUUCCUAAUCCACCCAUCAACAGGUAUAAUUUACACCCAGCCCUGGGCUGUAUUAGAUGCUGAAGUGAACUCAAAGUAUAAUUUCUAUGUGACAGAGGACACAGAUGGGAAGUACAGCCUGGCAGAAGUGUUCAUCACUGUGCUAGAUGUCAAUGACCACUCUCCAGAGUUCAAUGAAAACAUCCAGGAAAAGACGAUGAUCAUCGGGUCACCAGUGAAGAUAGAGGCUAUAGCAGAUGCAGAAGAACCCAACAACAUUGUGGAUUAUUCCAUCAUGCAGGCAGACCCAGCCAAUGUGUUUGAUAUAGACCAAAGCACUGAAAUCAAGCUGAAAUCUUAUAUCCGUUCCCUGGACAUCAUCCACAACAUUACAAAAAACAAAGACUGUAUAUGGUCAGUGGUAGUGCAGGCCAAAGACCGAGGCUCCCCUUCCUUCAGCACCACAGCAGUUCUGAAGAUUGAUAUCACAGAGGAAACUCUUCACAAAGGGCCUAUGGCCGCCUUUUUGAUGCAAACUAAAGAUAACCCCAUGAAAGCCUUAGGAGUGCUAGCUGGUGUCAUGGGCAUAAUGGUGCUGAUAACUAUCAUGAUCUCUACUGCCAUGUUCUGGCGCAAUAAGCGCUCCAACAAAAUCAUGCCGGUAAGAAGGAUCAUAAAAAAGAGGCAGACCCAGCCAUCCCGCACAGUGAGGAUGGAGUGGCUGAAGUUCAAGAGGCCCAGCAAUGCCGCGGAGAAGUUUGUCAUUGAGGAUGAUGCCCAGAGCCUGCAGAACGAGAACAGCAACAACAAUGUCCAGGUUGCCCCCGUGCCACCAGCCGCCCCCGUGCCCCCGCCACCCCCUGCCCUGGCUCCCAGCGGGGACGCCUCAGGGUGGCGGGUGCCAACCGUGUCCGGCUCCCUCACCCCCAAGUUCAUCAACAAGCAGCUGAAGAAGCGAGGUCACAGCAGCGCCCACAACGCCCUGGUCUCAGAGCUCAAAAUGAGGUUUGAGAAGAGGAACGCGGCUAUCGGCGAGCCCCACAUCUAGGUGCUCUUGGCAGCCCCAGAGACUGCGCCUUGUGGCUGUGCGUGGGUAUAUUACGUGCUGUGGUCCUCCCUGUGUCUGUCAGCACCCUGUGAACUGAGAGCAGCUUCUUGCUCUGAUAGCCCCCCCCUCACCUUAUGAAAGUAUUACGUGCUACGAAGUCGCCCCACCUGUACCAAACGCUGCGGUCCAUGCCCACUUAGGACUGCAGUUCCUUUGUGUCGUGUCCCAGUGCUGGUUCCACCCUGCAGCUGUCUGACAGGUGCUCAGUACGCCCUCGUGCCAGGCAGAGUCUCCCCAAGCGACCAGCGGCUCAGGUUGCCUCCUGCUCUUCAACAAGGUGCUCUGCAGCCGAGGCGCUGGCAGAUGCCACUUCUCGUCUGGUCCAGCAGGGGGGUCUGAGGUGUCCGAAAACCCACCUCAACUCCCAGGCCCAGCUUUGAAGAUGCUGGUCUGGCUGUGGCACCAGGGUCGGUGUGCAGGUCUCCUGGAGCAGCGGCACAGCACGCUGAGAGUGGGCUGCAGGUAGGUGGUGCCUGCUGCCCUUGGGGCGCGGAUGUGCAAGGCAGCAGCUGGCGGAACGAUGUGCUGACGGCCUCGGUACCCCUCAUCCUGCAGGUAAGCGGGCAGGCUUGGAGAAGUUCUUCAUUUUCCUGCAGCUUAUGCUGGAUUCUGCCGGAGCACAUUGGCAUGAUGCUGCGCUUCACCUCCACCCUGGACUUGCCUGCUAAUCAGGGGAUGGGAGGACCAUCCAGGGCAGGAUGCAAGCACAGAAAUUCAGUAGCAGCACUCACUCGAUACUGCCUCCUUCCGACACCGCAUCCCCUAAUGAGAGGCAGGCCAGCAGGAGGACUUGAUUAAAGCAGCGGGGAAGAUAAGGUAAAGGCGAGAGAAAAAGGAUAAGUGAAAAAUAGAGACAAGUGCUGGAAAGUCACAUAUGUGGGUCAGGGAUGUGUCUGGAAAGAUUGUUUUUUUUAUGCUGCUAGCAUGAGGUGUCGGGGAAUGUAUUUCAUCACCUCUCCUGGCUUGCUCCAGGGACUGGUGAGUGCAAAAGGAAGUUUCCAUAAAAUAUUCUGGCUUGUCCUAGCAGCAUUUUUGACUGAAUUAUGCAACAGCUAACUGGAAAGGGGAUGGGGAGGAUGACAAGUUUUUCCUGUUAGGUGACAGUAAAAAGGCACUGAAGGCAGAGCAGAUUUUUUUACUGGCCCUCCCCACAGUUUGUCUCUCAUGUUCAUUUCUGAGGAGGUGUUUUUCAGCUGGGCCUGGCUGUUUCCUGUCACCUGUGGAGAAGGCAGUGUGCACCAGUCUGGCUGGGGAGCAGCGCCGUGUGCCCAAGCCCUGGCCCCGUAAGGCAGCUGCGCUGGCUGCCAUGGGUUUGCUGUCGUGGCUGGACACCAUGAGCAUCAAGAUGGGGAGCAAACCCUAAGUGACAGGAUGCUGUGUUCAUUCGAGGGCUGCUUUUUGUCAUUUCAGCUGGACCAGCAGACCUGCUCCUCUGGGGCUCCUCUUCCUUCACCCCAUUAGCUGGUCUUAUUCCCUUCAGCUGCACCAGGGUUUCAUCACCUUAGGAGAUAGCCAGUUCAAAGCCAGAGGGUGACCAUGGUUCUUGUCGCCCACGGGCUGAGCCAGGAGCUGCAGCUGAGAGGGGCCGCAGGGCCCGGUGCUGCCCUGAGUUUGCUGCAUAAGCAGGCACCAGCCCUGGUGGUGCAGGGCUUCGGGCCGUGCCUCUGCGCUGGGUCUCCUCGCAGCACGAGCCAUUGGGCCCAGCUCCUCAGGCACGCAGUGCGUCAGGGCUCAGCUCCGGCUCCUCACAGGUCAGGGACUGAGGGCUGCAGGGCAGCAAGGAGCAGCAGUCUGCCUGGUUUGGGGAGGAACACAAAUAAAAUGCACACUUGAAUGUUUCUCUGAGGUGGCCCCUUGGUAUGGGACCACAUAAGGAGCUGCAUGGGAAGCCAUGCAGCUGUAAAACUUGUCUGUAAGGACAGCUUAGUCUGAGUGCCCUGAACCAGGCAGAGGCUUUGUUGGGAGCAGAGGCAGUGGCAGGGGAGUGAUGGAGGCCUGGCAGGGAGCAGCGUGGCAGCACAGCAACCCUUGCUGGUGCUGAUGGCUCCUUUCCCAACGUGUCUUUCAUUUCCUCCACCCUUUUCCUGCCUUCCCUCAGGGCGCAUUGCUUACCCCUGCUGCUGGCUCCCAGGCCCUUGCAUUGUGCGCUGUGUCCACCUCGUCCUCCGGCCCUGAGCCGGCUGGAGGGAGGGGACACGCAGCCCCUGUCACCGCUGCUCAGCCCUGGUCCCAGUCCUGCGGACCCACAGGCUCCUUUCGCUGGCUGUGUCUCCUGCAGGUUCUGCAAUGUUUCAUGGGGCACCAAAGGCUUGUGAUCUAUUCCCCAUACUACUGUUUUCCUGAUGUCGUGUUGAAGCCAGUAUUCAGUGGUCAUUCUCAGAUGAGGAAAGCCUGUAAAGACCAUUCGAAUAAGUGAGCUUUAGCAGGAAUUACAGGCUUAGUGUUAGAGAUUAUAUUUAAGAUGGAAUAAAGUUGUUUUAUUACUAUGUUGUGAGACUUUUCCAGUUGCUUUGUACUUCAACUUCAGAGAUUUUUUUUUUAAUAA